AAAAAUUUCCUUUCGUGGUUUGAGUUGAGAAAAUGUUGUCAUGUCCAGUGCAUGCAUUAUUUAAGAGAGAUUAUUGAGUAAUUGAUGGGAAAUUGCCUCGUACUUGCGUGUAAAUACGAGAAUUUUCUCCCGUGAACACACAGAAAAAAAUAACAAGGUCGAUCGAGUUCGGACUUUUAUUGCUUUCGUCUACUCGCAGGAUAAUGAGUAGCGAAAUAGAGAAUAAUUUGAGUAGUAGUGCUAAUAAUUUGAGUUCGUCAGUUAUUUUGAAGGAGGAAUUUGAUGAGGGAUUUGAGCCAACGAAGGAAGAAAUACGAGAUUAUGCAAUAAAAAUUGGCAUUAGACCAGAUGAACCGCACCUCUUGCAUUUAGCACGAGAUGGUCUUAUGCGAGCUUUGCCCAGCAAUUGGAAACCUUGUUUUGAUGAAAAGCAUCAGGCGCAUUAUUACGUAAACAAAGAGACAAAAAAGACUCAGUGGGAGCAUCCGUUAGACGCGGAAUACAAAUUACUCGUCGAAAAAGCGCGUCGCAAAUAUCAGGAUCAAUCCGACACACUCUCGGAACUCGAUUCGGGCAUUCGUAGUUUGCAAGGCAAUGACGUCGAAUCCGACUCGCCCGAAAUGAAAGUUGAACAGACAAUUUUUGGUCCUCCUCGUCCCGGAUUACUUCCCAUCACGGGACGCGAUCGCAUUCAAUUACAACCUCUUGAUGCAGCUCCUGCAGGUCCUUUACGCCCCGUUUCUGCCGCAAUUUCACGCAAAGUUGGCAAAUUCGAGGUAACAAAGUCGUCGUUAAAUGCCCCGACGAAAAUUGAUCUUUCGAUGAAGACAGAUUCAUCGCAAAAUGAUGUCGGAAAACCUCCUUUUAUGUCAUUUUCGAGUGCCGCAUCGACAAAUCGCGCCUCAGAAACGUCCCCAAAGAAGGGAUUUGCUCUCCAGGGUGGCGGAUCUUUGUUUUUGAAGUCAAAUACGCGUCGCCAAAGCGAUGUUGGCACCCCAUCAAUGAGUUCCGCUGCUGUUUCCAACCCCAUUGACAUCUCGGGGGCACGUUCUCGUGAAUCGGGAUCCUUCGGCAUGAGUCCAAACAUCAUGAAAGGCAUCUUACGAGACUCGAGUCUCACGGAUGUUCGUUCGCGCCCGCAAGAAAUGAAGAUCGGAGGCUUGGAUUUCGAGACAACAACCGAUGGCGAUCGAAAAAUCGUGCGAUUUAACUUGAAUCCUGCCGAAAUUCGUGCAAAUUCCGAAGAAAACGACGACGAAGGGAAAGUUAAAAGUGAUAACAGCUCCGAAGAAGAACAAAGUGUCGAAGAAGAGGAAGAAGAUGUUUGGGAUUUCAUCAAUAAUGACACCGCUGCGGGUAAUUCAGGCAUCAACAACGUCAAACAAGUGAAAGUAACACCUGCUAUCUCCCCGAUUUCGCCAAUUACGCAACUGGCAAUCCUCAAAAGUGGUCAACACGCCAACGAAACAAUCAAAAAGACGACUGUGAAGGCGAUCGUGGCGAAAAACGAGAUGAAAGACAAGCCCAGUAUCUUCUCGAUGUUCGAUAAAAUGGACAAAAAAGACGAAAAAGGGAGUUUUAUGGUGAAACCAUUGUACGACGAAAGCGAAUCAGAUUCCAGUGGCCAAAUAAAAUCCAAAGAAAGUGACGCAAAGUUGCAUUCGUUCGAGCAAGAAGUCAAUAAAGCUUCAAAUUACAAGGAAUUAGAGACGAUGUUGGAGGAUGAAAAGCAAAAAUUCAAAGAUUUACUCGAUAUGAAGUUACAAAAGCUCCAACAGCAACAAUCGAAUGCUUUAGAAAAAGAAUUGAAGAACGAAGAGAUCAAAUUUAAGGAAUUAUUGGAGACAAAACGAAAAUCAAUUGAAGAGCAACACCUACAGGACGUCCUAAAAUGCAAAAAAGAAGCCGAAUCCAAGCUUAACGACAUCAAAAAUGGCGUUCAACAACAAAACGAGGAAGAAAUCGAGGCAUUUCGAGCGAAACUUGAGGCCGAAUUCGAAGCGAAACGCAAAAAAAUCAGCGAAGAAUACAAAAUUGCCGCAGAAACGCUCCAAAAAAAUCAUAACGAAAUGCUUGACGAGCUAAAUCGCGACCUGAAACUCGAACAAGAGAUCAUCAAGAAGGAACAUUCGCAAAAAUUAGCGCAAAUGCGGACCCAGGUCGAGCACGAAAUCCAAAUGGAGCGUCAACGGUUACGGGAAACGGGCGAAGAUCGACUUUACGAGAAGGUUCGGUGCGAAAAACGCCUGCUCGAGGACAAAUAUCGCUGUUUGAAGGAGAAAUAUGUGCGUUUAAAAAACGAUGUAAAGAUCUCCUUGGAGCGAAGGAAUCGACGACGCGAACAAACGAGUAUCACUACCACAGGCUCUGAAACGGAACGCACGCCGUCGAACAAUCGCGAUGCCUCCCAAACGGGCGAAUUCGGAAAACCUCCAAUGGGGAUCGUAUCGAGUGCAAAACAAAAACUUCACUUGCAAGAAGCCACGGGAACGGAACCUCCAACGCAAAAACACCUGAAAUUCCUUCAGCAGCAGCAAAAUCAAGACGAAACCUCGAUAAGUCAGAGUGACACGACGAUCUCGAAUAAUUACAAUCGACGACAACAUUUGAAUAUUCCGUUCAGCAACGAGAACGGAAAUUCCGAUUCGGAAGCUUUUGUUCGUUCCGCGCCCAAAACAAGUCAUCAAGCCGGUUCGAAUAACAACAACAACAAUUUCCAGUCAGUUGGGCGUCAAAAGCGGAAAGUUUUCACGAGAUCCAAGUCAGCGUCAACUUCGCGCUUGCACACGUCGCUGAGUCAAGAGCAACAAGAUCGACCCUGCACGCCCGUCGAGAAUUUGCGCGUUCAAUUGCAAAAGUUGGAAGAUCUCGAGGAUCAAUUUCCCGAAAAUACGCUUGAUACUCCUUAUAAGUUAAGAUAUCCAUUUUCGGAUAUUGGCAAUCAGGCUGGCGGAAGCGGCGAAUUGGAAUUUAUCAAGCAUCGAAUUCAUUUGGAGAAAGAUUCGGUACGACGGGCAAAAGAGUCGUUGAGAACGCAAAGGACGACGUUCAGAGCAAAGCAGCGGGAAAUUAAGCAGAGACAUGCGGCGUCAGUUGUGAGGCAUACGAUGGAUCAAUUGUACAUGGAAGAAAAAGAACUGACGGAGAUGGAAGUGAGCCUUCAUCGCACACGCGCCUUAUUAGGUGAAAAAGUCAUUCGCUUGCGACAUCUUGAGCACUCCUUGCAACGCGUUUACGAGAAAGAAAAGCCCCUGGAUCUCCAAAGUGACGACAAUAAAUUAAAUCGCAAGGAAGACGCAACGCUCAGCGACGUUUCGAGUCAUUCGAGUUCGGGUUUCAGCAGCACCGACAUGAACACCGACACGCUUCAGGGACAACGGAAGGAUUUGUUGCAAGAAUCUUCCGAAAUUAUGCACAGUUUGGAGAACUUGAAUGCCGAAAUUCGUGAAAUUUGGGACAUUUUGAGCAAACAACAGAUUCAAGGUUUGCCGGCUCCUCCUGCACCAACGUACGAGCAAGAAAUCAAAUGGACAAUGUUUGGACCUGCAGGCUCGCCAACGACAACUGUCCCUUCGUUGCAGGAUCGUCUCGAGACUUAUCGACACAUCACAGGUCGCAAUACGAACCCGUUUCUGACGUCGCCCUCUUCCGUUGCCAAUUCCGUGCCACUUGCGCCUCUCGCAGCACAUUACACGAGCAGCUUAGUCGAGCGAACACGCGAUUUGCGCAACUGGCUGAAACAAGCAAAAACCGAAAAUGAGGUUUUAGCGACGACAACAAAUCGCGGAGGACAACAAACGACGAUCUAGAAGGGAGAAAAUCCCCAAUUUUUCAAUGAUAUGCAUUUUUAGCCUUCUUGUUACAAAUUUCAGAGAUAAUUUAGUGACACGUAUCUUGUUUAAAACUCGCAAAAAAGAGAGAAAUGUAUUUUAUGUAAAGUUUUACGAUAAGUUUUCUAUAAAAAAAAUCACAUUUUUCAAUCCUAUUUUUAUGAAAGUUGACAAGUGAUAAGAAAAUAUUGAGUUCCAUGCACCGUACUUACAUUAAAAAUUAAAUUAUUACCAAAAAAAUCUAGUCUAGAGAGAAAUAUUCAACAGAACUUACAUAUGAUAUGUGUACAAAGUACACGCAAAAUAAUAAUUUAUCAAAAAAAAUUCACCUCGAAAAAUAUAGCACAAAAUUUACUUCAAAAUUAUGUAGAUUAGAGACCGUCCAGCGCAAAAUUAAAGACUCCCUGAUGCAAAUUGGAUCGACAACACCUUAAAAUUAUAUAUUUACUGAACGAACGUGUAAGUUUUUUUUUUGUGUGAAUGGAAGGAUUUUAA